GUGUAUUUUUUGUUUGUUUAUUUACUCGAUUAUAAGAAUCCAUCUCGUCUUCUUAUCACUAAAAAUUAUGCAUUUCGUAUCGUGUAGUCGAAACUUUUACUUAUAAGAAAAAAAUUAUUUCGAAUGAAAAUUUAAUUAAUUGUACGUACUUUUAGCAGUAUCUUACUAAUACCUUGGUCAUCGAAAAAAAGUUCACUAUGAAUUCCAUUCAGAAUAAAAACCAGUGUUUCACUCCAGCUCUCCAAUCACGAAGAUCAUUAAACGAAUUGACACCAUACAAAGAUCGUUAUCUACCAUCUUUGGAAAAUUCUCCAGCCCGAGCACCUACGCUAAAAAAAUCUACAAUAGGUCAAUACAAGCCAGACACGAACAGUAAAUGGUACCAACAGCCAAAAAUCCCUGUGCAAUUGAACUCGUCUACAUUAAUACGUAGAAAAACGAAUACAAAUUCUAGUUUGGAUAACGUGGUACGAAAGGAAUCAAAUAAUCAACUGGCCUUGAACGCUUUAACGUUCUUGAAACGCGAACAACGUGCUAGCGAUUUGGUAAACGAAAAGUACGAGAUUGUGCCUAAAGGUAUGUUACCCUUUGAUAAAAGUUCGUAUAUUAAAGGGGUUCUUUCUAAAAUCGUCUCGAGUGGCGACAAUGCUUCGUUACAAGGAGAAAAAUCGGGCCAGCGUCCGUCAGCUAAUCCAUCUGGGGAUGGUGUUGAUCAAAGUGGAAUUUAUCAUCGUGUCUCGGCGUUAAGUAUAAAUGAUUUGAAAUCUGGCUGCAAUGUGAAAUAUUUCGAAGAGGUUUCAUUUCAGGCUAAAACCUCUUCUUCGUCUUUGAAAAAACACGACAUCGAAACCGAAGUUGUAAAGAAAUUGGAGAAUGUACGAGCAACGAUGACACAAUGUACUCGAGAGUGGACGAUGAAGCCGGCCGAAUCCGAAUUCAUGUCUAAAUUUACCGCAUCGCGUCAAAUUACGAGUAAUCAAAAUGAUACCAGCGAUUAUAUCGACGAUAAUAAUAACGACGAUGAUGGUAAAGAAGUUAAAUCAAAAAACGAAGUAGUGAUUAAGAAAAAAAAUAAAAAGAAUAAAAAACCUGUUGUGGUUACUUGUUUAAAAAAUAGCACCGUUAAAUAUGUAAAAAGGAAAUAAAAUUAAUUCAUAACGAGAAAUUUUAAAUAGGUAUAAUUUAGAUCAAUUUCAUCUAGGUAUAAGUUUUAAUUACCAGUAAGGUUUAUUCUCUAAGAGUAUAAAUCGAUAGAUGAUACACAUUUUUGUAUUUUUGAUUCCAAAUUUUUCAAUAAUGUAAUUAAAAAUUUCAAUUAGUUUUUAGGUAGGUAGGUAGGU